CGGCGCCGGGGGCGGGGCGUGAGGGAGGGAGGGCCGGCGAGAGGGCGGGUUGUGGACUGGCGGAGCCGGGACCCACUCGAGCUACCCGCGGAGAGCGGCGGCCCGACGCCAGUGGAGCCGCAGGCCAGCAGAAAGAAGAUGAGCCUGAAGUCUGAACGCCGUGGAAUUCACGUGGAUCAGUCGGAGCUCCUAUGCAAGAAAGGAUGUGGUUACUAUGGCAACCCUGCUUGGCAGGGUUUCUGCUCCAAGUGCUGGAGGGAAGAGUACCACAAAGCCAGGCAGAAGCAGAUUCAGGAGGAUUGGGAACUGGCAGAGCGACUUCAGCGGGAGGAGGAAGAGGCCUUUGCCAGCAGUCAGAGCAGCCAGGGGGCCCAAUCCCUCACAUUUUCCAAGUUUGAAGAAAAAAAAACCAAUGAGAAGACCCGCAAGGUUACCACAGUGAAGAAAUUCUUCAGUGCUUCAUCCAGGGUUGGAUCAAAGAAGGCAGAAAUUCAGGAAGCAAAAGCUCCCAGUCCUUCCAUAAACCGGCAAACCAGCAUUGAAACGGAUAGAGUGUCUAAAGAGUUCAUAGAAUUUCUCAAGACCUUCCACAAGACAGGCCAAGAAAUCUAUAAGCAGACCAAGCUGUUUUUGGAAGCAAUGCAUUACAAAAGGGAUUUAAGCAUUGAGGAACAGUCAGAGUUUACUCAGGAUUUUUACCAGAAUGUGACUGAAAGAAUGCAGACUCGUGGAAAAGUGCCUCCGGAAAAAGUUGAGAAGAUAAUGGAUCAGAUCGAAAAGUACAUCAUGACUCGUCUCUAUAAGUAUGUGUUCUGUCCAGAAACUACCGAUGAUGAGAAGAAAGAUCUCGCUAUUCAAAAGAGGAUCCGAGCCCUGCACUGGGUUACACCUCAGAUGCUUUGCGUCCCUGUUAAUGAAGAAAUUUCCGAAGUAUCUGAUAUGGUGGUGAAAGCAAUCACAGAUAUCAUUGAAAUGGAUUCUAAGCGUGUACCUCGAGAUAAGUUGGCCUGCAUCACCAAGUGUAGCAAGCACAUCUUCAAUGCCAUUAAGAUCACCAAGAACGAGCCAGCGUCAGCCGAUGACUUUUUACCCACUCUCAUCUACAUUGUUUUGAAGGGCAACCCCCCACGCCUUCAGUCCAAUAUCCAGUAUAUCACCCGCUUCUGCAACCCAAGCCGAUUGAUGACUGGAGAGGAUGGCUACUAUUUCACCAAUCUGUGCUGUGCUGUGGCUUUCAUUGAGAAGUUAGAUGCUCAGUCUUUGAAUUUAAGUCAGGAAGAUUUUGAUCGAUACAUGUCCGGCCAGACUUCUCCCAGGAAGCAAGAAUCUGAGAAUUGGUCUCCUGAUGCUUGCUUAGGGGUUAAGCAAAUGUAUAAGAACUUGGAUCUUCUGUCUCAGUUGAAUGAACGACAAGAAAGGAUCAUGAGUGAAGCCAAGAAACUUGAAAAAGACCUCAUAGAGUGGACAGAUGGAAUUGCAAAAGAGGUUCAAGACAUUGUUGAGAAAUAUCCACUCGAAAUUAAGCCCCCGAAUCAAUCUUUAGCAGCUAUUGACUCUGAAAAUGUUGAAAAUGAUAAACUUCCUCCACCAUUGCAACCUCAAGUUUAUGCAGGAUGAUAAAUAUUUACAUGGGUAGUAUUUAUUUGAGCCUAAAUUGUAGCUAGCCCUUACUACAGUCCAUGAUUGGGAUCUAGACUAUAACUUAAUGCUUAUAAAUGCCAGAGCGUUUUUAAAGGUACAGUUUGUGGGGAUUGUUCUGUUUGUUUUGUUUUGUUUUUCCUGGCAGGGGAAGCUUAGUAAAUAAUAAAAUACUAUUUAUUUGAGUUACUGAAAUAGAUUCAUUUAAGUCUUAUGUGAAAGUUUUGUCUAAAUCUAUUUUUUGUCCAUAAUUUUCCUACGUGCUUCCUCUGUGGCAUUCACUGUGGUUUGGAUUUGGGUAAAUAAUUGCCUUUAAAGGAUAAAACAAAUGAAUGCUACAAAAUGUAUGGUACCACUCUUCUACAGUUUGAAAUAAUUUUAUAAUUGUAAAGAUAGAAGAUAUAUUGAUAAGUAAAUAUGUAAAAUUGUAAAUAUGUAAAAAAAAAAAAAAGGAAUGGUGUCUGCUGUGCAUGGCGUUUCAUGCGUUAAUUUUUUUAGUUUAAAAUGAAGUAUGUUGAAUGUUUGCCUUUAACACCAUUUUAUUUGGUUUGCCCCACUUAAAUGAAUCUAGAAACGUUAGACAUACUGCCCUUAAAAUAUUGACUCCACCUUUAACAAUUUGUUAGCCUAACUUUGAGGUUAUGUAUAAUCAGUCAGGGACUGUGACACCAUUGAGGUUCAGAAUAAUUUUUAGGUCGUAUAAAGUUACUGUUCAAGAUAGUCAUUUGAAGACUUUGAACCAUGCCUCUUGCACCGUCAUCCUCCACUCAUUCAGGAGGUAUUUAUAGAGGUCUUCGUAAAGGAGCUGGUCCUGGGUCUAGAUCAGAAGACAGGAGUGAACGGGCCUCCACUGGCGAGAGCCGAUGGGGAAUUCCUCAGAGCUGUAGCACCCUUCUUUCUGCCUCCGUCUGCAGCAGACCUUUGACUCUAUGGGCAACCCAGACGCAUGUCAUAUAAACCUCUUUCAGGGUUUCUCCACCUCAGUGCUACUGACAUUUGGGGCCUGAGGACUUUUUGUUAUGAGGGCUUCCCUGUGCAUUACAGGACGUUUAGCAGUAUUCCUGGCCUCGAUACCCACUAGACACUAGUGGCAACCCGCACAGUCGUGAAAAAUCUCCUCCAGACAUCACCAAAUGUUUCCAGGGUGGAGUGGGCGCAAAUUCGCCCUCAGUUGAGAACCACUAAUCUAUUGUGUAGACAAGGAAGCUGUCCUCCUUGUGGUUAAUAUGAUAUAACCAAAGAAUAUUGUAUUAAAUGCACAGUGCGGUCAACUGAUACUGAGGCUUUACAGCCACUGGCAGUGUGGAACCGUUUUAAUCCUAAUGGAACCCUUCAUAACCUAAAUACGCCACGUAUGAUCCUCCUUCCAGUCAGUGAUUUCUAUAGAUUAUCAGCGUAGCUGUGAAAUUGUGCAUAAUUCCAGGGCAUCGUUCUGAAACAAGGUCACAUGACACAAGCAGUAUCUCAGUAUCUUCCUAACAGUGUACCACACAGAUUUGUAGUGCAGUAAUUUUGGAAUAAAACUAGGGUGAGUAUAAAACUUUGUAUCCUUUACUUAAAUUUCCCCGUAAGAGCCAUGAGGUUGACAUACCUGUUGUCACAAAGCGCUAAAGGCGUGAAGCAGUUAACCGAGUCAGCCGAUCACUGAGCUCAUGUGGAGUGCAAGGAGUUACUAUCCGAUGCCAGUGAGAAUCUGCACUUAGAAACCCGAGCCCAAGUGAUUUUUGUAGAAAGCUUUCCCCCUUUUCCGUUGUUCUUUUCUAUGUACUUUCUAGGUGCUAAUCCAGGUAUACACACUCUGAAUUCUCCUGGGAAUAUAUACAGUUCUUUUAGUCUUGUACAUUAUGUUUGUUAAAUAAAAUGUGCAUAUCAGCCUCCCACAAAAA